AUGGGCAUUCAUCUCCACCACUCACCGGCACCGGACUUCGAAUCGAGAAAUAAGAAGCUCAUCAAAGUGCUUUACAAGUCGUUAGCACGUCGUGACGUUGAGACUGUCGCUCCACUGCUGGCUUCUGAUCUUGAAUGGUGGUACCACGGCCCUCCUCAUUGCCAACACAUGAUGCGUACGCUCACCGGGAAGUCAAGCCACGCCGAGUUCAAGUUCAGGCCUCGGACGAUCAAAUCCGUGGGUGAAACACUUGUGAUUGCAGAAGGAUGGGAAGGAUCGAAAGCAUAUUGGGUUCAUGUGUGGACUCUCAGGGAUGACAAAAUAACUCGAUUUCGCGAGUAUUUCAACACAUGGCUCACUGUUCUCGUUCAUGAUUCGGAGGAUGGGAGCCAGAGCCUCAAGCUGUGGCAAAGUGGUGAGCCGGAGGGGACAAGUCGUUCGUUGCCUCAGCUUGUGCUAGCUAUUUGA